AGGCUUGUCGUGUGAGCGGUGGUGUCGCAAAUCAGUUCUGGUCGACAUGCAGGGCCUGUAGUUUCUGUUGAUUGGCUGUUUUUCCUGCUCCAGGCUGCUUCUCUGCCUCAUGCGGUGCACCAUAUGCUGUUUCUGCAACACUGCUGCAGUAGCGCCGCUUCAUUACUCAGAUCUGGGAUGAAUGCCCUUUUUACCCUUUUCUUAAUGACACUCCCGGCCUGCGUCCGCAGCUUGGUGCUGUGUGUUUGUUUGCUUGUAUGAUGAGUGUUUGAUCCUUCUCUCUGUGUGUGUGUGUGUGUGUGUGUGUGUGUGUGUGUGUGUGUGUGUGUGUGUAGGUGAUGAGAGAAGAGCAGCUGCUGGAUUGGCGGCUCCAGGCUAAGUAAGACUGCAGCUUCAGGAUGGCGCAGGGAGGGCCGCAGUUGGACUACCACAUGCUGCAGGAACUGAAGAAGCGCUUUCCUGAGAUCCCUGAGAGCGUGGUGUCCCAGUGCCUUCUGCAGAAUAACAACAAUCUGGAAGUGUGCUGCCACCUGCUGGCUCAGGAGAGCAGUCGCUACCUGUACGAGGAGUACCACAGUCCGGAGGAGGUGCACCUGAGCCGCAACCGGAUGCUGCACAUCAGCGUGGGCGGCUACGCCCCGGCCGAGGGCGGCAACUCGAACUCUAACGCCGGGUACAACACCUACUUCAUAGCCGAUCAGGGGCGCUCGGCCAACACGCCCACUCCUCCGCCCACCGUGCCGGGCAUUUCCCCCACCUAUACCCCUGUUCCCCAUCGCUACAUGACCCCCAUCACGCUGGCCCUCUCGCCAAACAUCCCUAACGCCCCCCAGGCGCUUCAGAUCCCGAGCGCGUAUGCCAACAGCGGGAACGCGCUGUACAUGCGACCUUCGCCCUCUCAGAGCCCCCAGCCGUCACCCUGGGCGUCGUCUAAUGCCUCUGUGUACCCACCCUCUCCCUACAGCACUCCGACCUACCAGUCACCCUACAGCUCGCCCCAGCACCACGCCUUUCUCCCCAUCAGCCCUCCCACUUUACCCACCGUUCCUUACCAGCAUGUCUCCUACAGACCCUACAUGCCCUCCAAGAGCUCCAUGAAGAACCAGAUCGAGAUCACGCUGGAAGCCCGCCAGCGCAGCAACUCGCCCAUCCACACCAACCAGGGCGACCUGUACAUGCCCACCAGCCCCUCCCCGAGCUCUCCGUCCAGGGCCGUCGGCAUGGCCGGCCCCCCCGGCGCCAGCUUCCACCCCGGCGUCUACCUGGGCGGCGCCCGCCCGAGGCCCGCCUCCUCUCCGCAAGCGGGAAGCUCCGCCUACCUCAAGAUGAAAAUGGGGCCGGGUCAGCAGCAGCAGCAGCUCGGAUCGGGGUCGCCGUCUCCGCCCGUGGAAACCGAGUCGCUUCUCAACAUCGUGGAUCAGGGCGAGAAACACGGCACGCCCGCGCCCAUCCUGCCCAUCUUAGCCGUGGCGGGCAGCGGCGCCACCCACGUCAGUCACAUGCCCAGGCGCUCCAGCUCUGGCUCGGACGACUAUGCUUAUACACAGGCCCUGCUGCUGCACCAGCGGGCGCGGAUGGAGCGGCUCAUGAAGGAGCUGUUGGCUGAACGGCAGAAGCUGGAGCAGCUGAAGGCCGAGGUGAACGACAUGGAGUACGACGCACUGCAGAGGCGCUUCAGACGCGUCAACAGCUCCAGCUUCAUACCACGGCCUGAAGAAAUGACCAGAUUCCGGACGCUGAACAGACAGCUCCAGAUUGAUAUCGAUUGCACCUUGAAGGAGACGGACCUGCUGCAGUCCAGAGGCAAGUUCGACCCGAAAGCAAUGAACAACUUUUAUGACAACAUCCAGCCCGGUCCAGUUGUACCACCCAAAAGUGAGAAAAGAGAUGCAGGAGGUGGAGGAGGGCGGAGCGCGGGUCGCGUUCCCAACCCCCAGCGUGACGAGGACUUCGAGGGCGCCCACUGGAACUGCGACAGCUGCACGUUCCUCAACCACCCGGCCCUGAACCGCUGUGAGCAGUGCGAGAUGCCGCGCUACACCUGAAGCUCCCCGACCCUCCGCCACGCCCGUCCCUCCGCCUACCCAUCGUACACCGAAUCCGUGUACCCUGUCGGGCCUCGCCCCCCCCUCCCGAAGCGCAGUGCACUCGUUUUAAUGAUGUUUUCCUACUGAAAAUAAAAGACUAAGCUGAGCGAACAAAAGCGGAACUCGAUCGGCCGAGGAAGCGGAGCCGUGAAAGGCCGUGGCUGCCAUUCCGGACCGUACAGAGCGCCGUGUUCACAGGAAGAGACCGGCCCGAAAUAGCUGAAAGGACGAUUUUAGGGGACGGGCGCAGGGAUCCGGGCUCACGUCGACUGUGUGUGCUCCUCUGGAGCUCCUGGCUGACUGAAGAACACUAAGAGACGUGCGUAUGAAUUCCGUCCUACCUGGUACUUCGGUGCGUAUCAUGCCACACUGUAUUCCGUCUUUCAAGGUGUUGAUUUCCUGUGCAAAUGCCUCAAGUUGCUGUACUUAAUAAAGGACUUGAUUCCAUGUGAUGAAA